AUGGGUGAUUUAUUAAUCUAUUCUCACUCGAUCUCUUCAUUUCAGAAGGGCUUUGGCGAUGCCGCAGUAGCUAAUCAAAUUCUCCUCUCACUUCAGCCAUGUGAUCGCAAUUAUUACAUCCCCUCUCCUACCUCCUAUUCGAUUGACCACUGUCUCAUCUUUUACAGUCGCGCAGCAGGACUGCACACUCUAACCACUCCUUUUGGCAGUUUGCCUUGUCUACGCGUCAAAACUCUUGCUGACACUCCUGAGUUUUCGACGAAAAUCACUCGAACCCGUCUUUUUCUAGGUCCUAAUGCUUCUCUUAUCCUUUCCAUUUCUCUUCGUGAUGUUCCACUCAACGCUAGUCUUCAUCUGGAGACUAUGUUUCCUCGAAUGUCUUCCACGGUCACGUCUAAUUCAACAAAGCAGUGCCUGUUUGUCGUUAUCCCAACACCACAAUCAUUUGGAGACAUCCAUCUUCAAAUAUCCAUCGCUGAUUGGGCGAUAUACCUUCCUAUAUCCAUUGACCUUGAAAGUGUUCAAUCCGUGGACGAAGUGGACGGGGAAGACCUUGAUCAGGUUUUAUCAAUCACUCAUCCUUGGAAGUUCACUUCAAAAUUGGGAGGAAACGAGACAGAGUUGGAGGAUCGUUUGUCAAGGCUUUUACAAUGCGCCAUUACCUUGGGGAAGUGGAUAAUUGUUAAUCGAGGCUUAUUUGCUGGCUGUCGAGUUCGAUUAAGUAGGAGUGCUGCCAAAAGUUUGGAAUUUGAGGCUAUGACCUGUCGGAUAGAGCUGCAUCAUCUACUGUCGGACUACCUCUACCGGAACGGCCUCGUGACGACUGAAAAGGAGAGUAGGGGAGAGGAAGUGGGAAGAGGAACAGUGACUCUAGAUGACUUACGUGACGCUCUGCUCAUCGAACUAGGUCUCUUUAAGUCAGCCAUUUGUGCACCCCUUAUCCGUCGCGCUCUGAUCUCUCGGGUUCCCCUUGUUACCUCCUCUACUGUCAUUUCACCCUCCAUAUCCGCCCUCAAGGUCGCUGACCUCGUUGCCGAUUGGCGCGCCGCGGCUGAGGGCUCACAACCCAUUGACCAAUCUAUGGCCGCCGAUGUUUUGGGUGGAAGUUUGAAAGUCUUGGCUGGCGCAUGCAGUACAACUGAUUCGAUCAUCACUAAACUGGCUAAAUGA